AUGAAGGAAACACGUACCGCCAAAAGAAGACGAGUCUCCGACUCCACGGGCAUGGAUAGAGAUGGCGACACCACGAUGCAAGACGUCGCGACACCGCUUCAGACCCAAGAGACCCCGAACGCCGCAGGAACGGAUACUGCUAAUAGCAGCAACGGAGACGCAAACACAGACACACGAACAGACGCUACCCCUUCUCGGGCGGGAUUACGGUCAAGCGGGCGUCAAAGAAAAGCACCACAGCGGUAUGAGGAUGAGGUUAUACACACGAGAUCGGUGAGGAAAUCGAGGUCGACGCCGGGGAAGGAGAAGGAUGCGGUGACGUCUACAUCUUCGUCUACGGCAGUGACUACAGAGAAAUUGCCCCGGUCUGGAUCUAAAAAUGCACGGCAACAGCCGCGCCGGUCGCUACAGCGGAGUACAUCGGAGGCGGAAACCGAUAAUAAGGAUGAGGAGGAGGAUGAGGAGGAUGAGGAGGAUGAGGAGGAUGAAGAGGAGGACGAGGACGAGGACGAGGAUGUUGAUGAUGAAUCUGUGUCGCCUGAGCCGAAGACUAGACGGCCUACACGGACGUGUUCGAAGAGGACUUCUGUGAGGUUUACUGAGACAAGGGCAAAUGAACCCAAAGAUGGUGACAAGAAUGGGGACGCAGACGGGGAAUCUCCGGAUGAUUUUCCAGAUGCAUUGGAUGAUCUUGUUAACAUGCAGCUGCAGAACGGUAUCGCUCAGGGCCAAUUGAGUGGGCAGGAUGAGGCUAUGGGAGAGGAGCCUUUGCCUGCGUACGCGGAACAUUUCCAGCAGCUUGUCCGCAACGGAUACACGAAGGAGAUGCAGUUGUUGACCAAGACAGUAGUUGAGAAGCUGAACGGGAAGAGGCUUGUCCCGUUGAAGGGCCUCGAUACCGAGUACCUAAAGGUGCAUCAACUUAUCGAGCAGACUGUUACAUUUGGAGAAGGUAACUCGAUGCUUCUCCUUGGGUCGCGUGGGGCGGGUAAGACGGCCAUCAUAGAGAGUAUUGUCUCCUCUCUGAAGCAAGAGCACAAGAACGACUUCCAUGUCGUCCGGCUCAACGGCUUUUUACAUACAGAUGAUCGACUGGCGCUGCGUGAGAUAUGGCGGCAGCUUGGUCGGGAAACGAAUACGGAAGAGGAAGCAGGAAAGGUGACCAGUUAUGCGGAUACCAUGGCCACAUUGCUUGCUCUUCUCUCGCACCCUGAAGAAUUGCAGGCCUCUGCAGACAACCAGAACGGCACAACGACAGCCAAGUCGAUCGUGAUUGUCCUAGAUGAGUUUGACCUGUUUGUCACACAUCCCCGCCAAACCCUCCUUUACAACCUGUUUGAUAUCGCGCAAGCGCGUAAGGCCCCCUUAGCGGUCCUCGGGGUGACCACCAAAGUCGACGUUACCGAGAUGCUCGAGAAACGAGUUAAAAGCCGAUUUAGUCACAGAUCUGUCUACGUGCCGCUGCCGAGGACAUUUGAGGUAUUUUCUGAUGCCUGCUUAGGCGGUUUAGAUCUCGAAGAAUCUGAAUUCGCCAGCGCCGAUGAUCUAUGGGACGCCAAGUCCGACAGCUGGAUGAUGGCCCUGGAUGGGUGGAGAGCGUAUCUACAGGGACUGUGGGCCGAUCCGGCCUUCCAAACACAUCUGCGCAGAAUAUACCACACAACCAAAUCCGUCGGGGAAUUCUUCAUGAGCGCGCUGAUUCCCCUCACGGAACUUCAUCACAGCCUGGCCACUUCACCAAUCAUCCCCACUCCGAGCACCUUUUCAACACACGCUCUCUCCUGCCCCGAUCCCGCCCCUCUCCCCUUCCUGCCCUCUCUCUCCACAUCACCCUCCUCAGCCCCAUCCUCCCUUCCCCUCUCUCUUCUCCUCGCCGCAACCCGUCUGACAGCCCUAUACGAUCCAGGCUCUGCUGAAACCGCAGCGCAAGAUCUCGCCCCACUCGCCCUCUCCUUCCCCGCCGCCUAUGCAGAAUACGUCCGACUUCUGACCUCUGCGAAGACCUCUGCCUCUGUUUCCGGGGCGUCCGUGACGCCGGGGCGUGUCUGGGGGAGGGAUGUGGCACGCGAGGCAUGGGAGCGCCUUGUUGCUUGGGGGCUUGUUAGUCCCGUUGGUGGUGGGAGUGGCACGGCUGAUGGGCGGAUGUUCCGCGUUGAGAUCAGCUUUGAGGAGGUGGUGGGGCUGGUUGGUAAAGGAGGGUCCCUUGGACGGUGGUGGCGCGAUGCUUAG